UCAGAGAGCCGGAACUGAAAAUUCUGGUGGGAACACGUGUCUGCCAGGUUCUACGAGAACUUCUCAUCGAUAUCGGCUGCAUAACCAAUUGGUCCACUGGUUACAAGCAUUAGAUCAAAAUGAGGCCCCAGAGAUAGAGACCAAUUGGCCGGAGAUAGAGCUGAAUGCUGGAUCCAAUUUCGAGUUGACUUGCAAACACUCCCAUUGGAUAAAAUGGAUGCGCACGCCAUUGGAGGACAUUUAUAAACUGGCCCAAUUGACCUUUGAAUCAUUUGAAGUUGAAGGUGAAGAUAAACCGUUUAGAGCUCGUGUUUCUGUUCACGGAGCAAAGGCAAGCGUUGUUGCUAGGUAUUACUGUGUAAUAGAAUUCGAAAAAAACAAUUUCUAUGACUUGGGCGACCAACUUGAUGAUCUGGAAUUCGAACACAAAGCUAGCAGUAUCUAUAUUUUCGUAAAGGAUCCCAACAAUCCCUUAGUGCCCAUUGAACGACCGGUGGUCAAAGCUUUUCCGUAUGAAGAAAUUGUUAUUCCAUGUAAACCUUCUUCCAAAAAUGUAAAGGUGGAGCUUUUCAAAGAUGAACAAGAGAUUCCAUUGGAUGACUACAUAUUUAGUGAGCAUUAUGGUUUCGCGCUAAUGGCCUACCAAGAGGAUCAGAGUGGCAAAUACGUGUGCCGUGCAAAGGAUGAUCUUACCAAAGUCAUCCACUUCCACGUGGAGGAGGUCAUGACAGUAGACGAUCUAGAGUACUUGCCAAAGCCAAGAGUGGAGAGUAAAGGAAACGAUCACACCACACUAGGUGAAUCGAUAAAGCUUAGCUGCAAUCUAGUGGUACGAAAUGGUGUCAAGUUCGAUAUGCGUUGGAUUCUGCCCGACAGGAAGAAGGCUGAAAAUAAUUCGCGGGUUGCUGUCAGUGGAAUAUCGGUACAAAACCACAGCCAACGCUCCAAUUACAUGAUUGGCACAAUGGAUCUGCUCAUCGCGCAUUCGACGGAAUCCGAUGCCGGGAUCUACAAGUGUGAGGUCGAGGAUAUGGCAACGGAAAAUACCAAUCAUAAAAAUCAUCGGAUGAUCAUAACCAAUGCGAGCUUCAUAGACAUAAAGGAUGAUAGAAGCCGACCUUUCAUCGUUGCAUCAACAAAUCGUCCAGUCCAAGUCAUUUUCUCGUAUGAAGCUAACGCGCCACCACAAUUCUACUGGAUCAAAGAUGACGACCACAAACCCUUGCAAGUCGGCGAGAAGUACAACAUUACUAUUACCCCAAAAUCCGUCACCUUGACCAUCUUCAAACCUAGCGUAAGAGACAUCGGCAACUAUACCGUAUUUGCCUCUUAUGAUGGAGUCAAGGCUAAUCGAUCGAUGAAAGUGUUCAUUCAAGAGAAACCAAUUCUAACGAUGGAUUCUAGAUAUGCGCGGCCAGAAGAACCUGUUACCUUUUCGUGUACUGCCCUAGGGUACCCGAAACCCGAUAUGAGGUUGGAAUUCUUCCCCUGUCCAAGCGUUCCUUGGACAAACUGUUCACGGCCAGUUCCUUCCAAAGAUAUCAAAAACUCGGGUCUUCGAAUUAAUCGAUGCUGGAGUAUUCAAUUACGGAACAGUUUACCAUCCAUGCGGAAACUGCCGGGUUUGUGACGUGUUUAGCGCACAAUUCCAAAGGACGAAGCAUUAUAAUGGCGGACCUGUUGAUCAGCAAUCUAGAGGAACCAGUCUGGAUCUAUCGUGAGACUUCCCAGCUAGAAGUCACUACCGAUGAUCGGGUGACGAUUGUAUGCGCA